CGGUGCUAAGGGAUGAGUGAGACGUAGCUCGGCCUCUCCCGAGCAAGUUCUCACCGGCUCGGGUUCAGACCCAGAAAGAGAACCAGGAGCGAAGCUCACUAGAUCCCGGCGGGCAGGACUCCGAGGCUGCGGAGCGCUCCCGCCUGUGGGGCGCUUGGAGUCCCUGCGGCUAGAGGCGCAUCAGAACUCCAGUUCGCCAAGGGUGUCAGUGGGCUCCAGUGUCUCUGGUUCCUAGAGUCCGACACAGCGAGCCUCAGAGACGCGCUCAGCUGGGGGGACCGCGGCAGAACAAGAUCAAUAAUUCAAACCAUUGCCGCUACCAGCUACAGAAAUGGGCAGCAAAACCUUGCCAGCACCGGUGCCCAUCCACCCGUCCCUGCAGCUCACCAAUUACUCCUUUCUCCAGGCAGUGAAUGGCCUGCCCACAGUCCCUUCGGACCACCUGCCCAACUUGUACGGCUUCAGUGCUCUGCACGCUGUACAUCUGCACCAAUGGACCCUGGGCUACCCAGCCAUGCACUUGCCACGUUCCUCUUUUUCUAAAGUGCCAGGUGCGGUGUCCAGCCUGAUGGAUGCUCGCUUUCAGCUGCCCGCCUUUCCCUGGUUUCCUCACGUCAUCCACCCAAAGCCAGAGAUCACCGCGGGAGGCAGCGGUGUGGCGCUUAAGACCAAGCCGCGCUUUGAUUUCGCUAACCUGGCCUUGGCUGCCACACAAGAAGAUCCCUCCAAGCUUGGCCGAGGGGAGGGUCCUGGCUCCCCCGCUGGUGGGCUGGGCGCCCUCCUGGAUGUGACCAAGCUAUCCCCAGAAAAGAAGCCCACGAGGGGACGCCUGCCUUCCAAGACUAAAAAGGAAUUCGUCUGCAAGUUCUGUGGCCGUCACUUCACUAAGUCCUAUAACCUACUCAUUCACGAGCGGACGCACACAGAUGAGCGGCCAUACACCUGUGACAUCUGCCACAAAGCCUUCCGGAGGCAAGACCACCUACGGGACCACAGAUAUAUUCACUCCAAAGAGAAGCCUUUCAAGUGUCAAGAGUGUGGAAAAGGAUUCUGCCAGUCCCGGACUCUCGCUGUCCACAAGACUCUACACUCACAAGUGAAGGAGCUCAAAACCUCCAAGAUCAAAUGCUAAACAGAGCCUGCGGGGCACCAGGACCCUGGGAGGAGCUGCUGCCUUCUUUUCCAGAGGGACCCAAGCUGGAGGCGACUCUGCGGGGCAGCGGGAAGGGCUUUGGGAAUCUUUCUUUCACACCAACAAUGUCCCUUGGGUCCCUAGC